UAGUUCAAUAGCGUUUCAUAGUGUUAAAAAAACAUUCCUAACUGGUUAAGGUAGAUGUGACGUUUUCAGCAAAACACAACAAGUUCACUGGUAGGAUGUUCGACAUGCCACUGACAUCUGAGCAAUGUGUUUCUCAUCUAUUUCUGUCGCAGUCUCUGGCUGAGUGUUGGACUCCACAAAGUUUGCCUGUCAGACACCAGCACUUCAUGAAGCGGUUAUUUAAAAGAAACUGGUUGACUGAGUUGUCAAGUUCUUAUGGAGAUGGACGGAAUCAGAAGAGGCAGCCUGGACGUGAUUCCAGAGGAAGCCCAGGAGCAGGACUUAAGCAGAGAAUCCACCACCGUGGAGACGUACAAUGUGGUUUCAGACAGAGGAGGGAGGACUUUCCAGAGGUUCUCUGUUGAAACGGAUGAGUCCCUUCACUUUGAUCCCUGUGAAACCAGCUCUCCUUCUACUACUGGAGCAGAGGAUGGAAAUGAUGACAAUGAUGUGUUCAAGAAUGGGAAAGAUGAGAGUGAGAUCAACUCGAUCAGGAAUCGGUUUCAAGGGAAAGUUGCUGAAAUGGAGAACUUUUCUGGCCAUCUGGAGGAAAUCUUUCUCACUGUGGAGGAGAAUUUUGGCCGUCAGGAGCAGCACUUGGAGCAGCACUACAACGACGUGCUGCUGACACUGUCUCAGCGAUAUGACGAGAGGGCGGCCGCACUGGAAGAGGAGAAGAAGGGUAAACUAGAAUCCCUGUAUGGCCAGCUGCUGCUCUGUGGUCAGGCCCUGGAUACCUCCAAGGAGCUGAUCGAGACAGCCCAGGAGGUCUACCGCAGCCAGGACAAGAGGCUUUUCCUGAAGGCAGUCAAAGCCGUUGUUAACAGAAUUGAAGAGUUUGCUAAAGAGGAAAUUGACCUCACGUUGUCUACAAACCUGGAAUUUAACACAUCGCUGGCUGAUCUGUCUGAUGUCAAAACCAUGAUGGAUUCUAUCAACGCCGUCCCAGCUCCAUCCGCACCAGUCAUCAACCCCCAGAUGCCCAAUUCGGCCACCCAGACGUCUCUGCAUGUGUGCUGGAGCUUGUUCUCCGAUGACACAGUGGAGUACUAUGAGCUUUACUACCGGCCGGUGCUGGAGGACACACCAGCGGACAGCACCUGUGCGCCUCCUGAGAGCAAGGUAAAAGUGAAGGAGACCCACUGCUCUGUGGCUGACCUGCUGCCCAACGCUCAGUAUGAGCUCUGGGUGACGGCCACCAACACCACGGGCAUCAGCCCGGCCAGCGAGAAGGCCCUGUACAUGACGGUGCCAUCACCUCCAGUGAUCAAGCAGAGGGAGUGUAGCAGUUCUCCAGAAGCUGCUCUGAUCCGCUGGGAGUCUGGAAACACCAACCCUGUGGACUCCUACACGGUGGAGUUCAGUCAGAUGGGAACAGACGGCACAGAGUGCAGCAUCACCGAGUCCAUCGUGGCUGUGCCCACCUGCCAGUGUCUGAUCCAGCUGCAGCCCGGGCGCCGGUACCUCAUCUCUGUGAGAGCCGUCAACAUCGGUGGGCCCAGCGACCGGAGCGAUGUGGUCACGGUGUCCACCACAGGAACGUUCUUCUACCUCCUGGAGGACACCGCCCACCCCUGUCUCUCCAUCUCUGAAGACGGUUUCACCAUCUUUUACGGGGACGAGGAACUCCCGAUAAGCGCCAUGGCUCUGGACGACAGCGCUUUCACCAGGUGCGUGGGCAUCCUGGGGAACCUGAUCCCGGUGCGGGGCAGGCAUUACUGGGAGGUGGAGGUGGACGGGGAGACGGAGUUCCGGCUCGGCGUCGCGUACGAGGACACGGAGAGGAGCUCCUACCUCGGGGCCAACGGCAGCUCCUGGUGCAUGAGGCACAUCCUCAGCCCGUCCAGGCAUAAAUAUGAGUUUCUGCACAACGGCCGGAGUCCUGACCUGAGGAUUACGGUUCACCCGGUGCGGAUCGGGGUGGCCCUCGACUACGAGCGGGGAACGCUGUCCUUCUUCAACGUCAGCCUGGAGCAACAUCUGCACACCUUCCACUGUCACUUCCAGAAUUUUGUCCAGCCCUGUUUUAGCCUGGACAACCCGGGAGCCCUUACAGUACACAACAACAUCGAAGCUCCCGAGUACACCUUCAUCUGA